AUGAGCGGCGGGGCCGGGCGGCGGCGGCUGGUGCUGCACGUGGACCUGAACAACACGGUGGUGGCGGCGGACGCGGUGUCGGGGCAGGGCCCGCGGGCGGCGCUCAACGCCUUCCUCAGCACCGUCACCUGGGGCCGCGCCGGGGCCGCCGGCGAGUGGCAGUGGGCGAGCGACCGCCCCUCCCUGGGCCCCCCCUGCCCCGGCGCCCUCAGCUACUACAGCUGCCACGGCCGGGACCCCGCCUUCACCGAAGCGGGCCCGGGCCGGUGCUUCGGCGGCCUCCACGCCCGCCACCUGCAGCUGCUGGAGUGGCCGGGCCGGCCGCACGACGUCUUCUCGGUCCAGGGGGAGCCGAGCAAGCGCUACCACCUGAUCCUGCCCGCCUUCUUCCGCCUCCUGGACACCCUGCACCGGGAAGGGAGGGCGUUCGCCGUCGUCUUCAGGACCUUCGGCACAGACCUGCCCCGCGCCCUCCGGGCCGUCAGCUGCGCCCUGGCCGGGCAGCACCCCCAGUUCCCCACACUGCGGGAUGUGGCACUCCCUGUGGACCUCACCCCCGGCCAGAUACGCUGCAGCAAGCGAGAGGUGGUUCUGACAAGGGGAGCAGAGCGGCUGGCCACCCGGGAAGAUGGAAGAAAGCUUUACGACUAUUUCAGUUCCUUUGAGGGAAUUGGAGGCUUCCAAGACCACUUUGACUGGUGGGCCAGAAAUCAGUUCUCUUCCCAGGGUGGGAAGCCGCUGUGGAUUGACCCCCACGAUCCCGGCAUUCACCACAUCUUCAUUGACGACAACAUCCGGCUGGAUGACGCGGACACCAUUGUUCAUCCCCAGGUGUUUUCGGAGCCGGGCAGCCGCAGCCCCAGGUGCGCUCCCACCUCAGAGCUGUACGACGUUUGCCUGGUGCAGACCAACCUGCUGGAGGCCAUUGCCGACGAGGACUAUUUCCUGCGCUGCGUGAGGAGGUGCGAGGAGAACUAUGACCACUACCUGGCCUGCGCAGAGAAGGACACCCCGAGCCAGGAGUGGGAUGGACAGUGAUGCCACCUCGCAGGGCCGAGGGGCUCUGGACUGGGACACCCCCUGCAUCCUGCUGUGCGCAGGCAAAGUCCCGGGCUGGGUUUCUGCUCUGAGCUGUCCCCUCCCUCAAGCUGUGUGACAGGCCCGCUUGCUCCUGCCAGGAACCUCCAUGCCCGAGCACGAGGGUCCUGGGAGCUUGUGUGACGGGAUCCCUGGAGGAAAUGGCUUUCCUUUCCUCAUUAGCGCUGUGGGGAGCUGCCCGCCUGGCUGGCAGAGCAGGGGCAACACAAGCAGCCACACUAGUGUUCACACCUCCCUUUCUGCUCCGCAAGAGCAGGUGCUGGGGUAAGCACAGUGUUACUGGUGGCACACCCGAGUGCCGUUUGUGCCGUGGUGGUCUCCCCGGCAGAGCUAGCGAUGCUGUGUCAGUUCUGCCUCUUUUUAAAGCAAA